AUGGUGCAUCGACGCCGAGCGCAUGGACGAUGGAGGAUUCCGCCCGCGUAUGGUAUGGACGCGCAGAUCGAGGACGAACUGGACAACAUCUGGACGCCGUUAUGGGAACGCGUCAUCCCAUCUUCCAUGCGUAAUGGGCAGUUGUCAUCCCCGGCGGGCUCGACCACGGGAGCCCUAGUGGUUACGCGCGCGCAUCUGUCGAGUCGUGGCGCGGAGCUGGACGAGCUGUAUCGAGCCGUAAUAUCGCUUCUCGGAAGCUAUAAAGCACGAAUUACCAAAGCCGCCAAAGCACUUCGUGAGAAGAUCUCGGAAGUCGAUGAGGCCACCCUUCAACCGCUGGAUCCUGCUAUGGAGGCAAGUAAGGAUCCACACUUUAUUUUGAGUCAUAAGAGUUCACUUUUUUUGAAAUUUGCUCUCAUUGAACGUGCUAUUGCGCAUCUACGCGCCCAGAGAGAGAAAGCCGAAGAGUUUGCUCGUCAAAAUCCUGACGUGCAGGGCGAGUUUCCCUUCCUUCAGCAGAUUCAGGAUCAUUGGGACGCUGGUGAACUGGAUUAA